CUCUGAACGGCUGACAUCAAAUUUUUUUGCAGUGAUCAGCAGUCGCACCGCACACCCACAUCAUCAUCAUCAUCGUCGUCAUCAUCAUCAACCACACAGCACAAGCGUCGCCCACAUCACAUCCACAGCUCCAUCUCUAUCAUGUCACGACUAGUGUCUGCGCUGCGAAGGGUGCUGCCAUGGGCAGGGGGCCAGAGCGGGCUUGGGCGCGUCAAGAUUGGCCAGCAUGGGCCGUGCACCUUCUACGUUGAGCAAGGCCACACCGAGCACACAACCGCAGCGAUACAGAGCGGGCAUGGGAGGCGCGGCAGCGAGGUCCGCUCAAUGAAGAUGGACGUGCCACCGGACGAGUACGACCCCAACAGCGUCGCACCAGAAUGGGCAGCCUGGCUUAACUAUCAGCGGGAGGAACCCCCAACAGAGGAUGAGAUUCAACGGAAUCGGCUACAGCUUCAACAAACCCUGGAGAACGCUGCACGAUUGGAGGCGGAAGAGGAGCAGAAGCGCCUAGAGGCCGGAGAGGACGAGGACACACUGCACACACACGUGGAAGGGCAUGCUGCUCGUUCAAGCAAGAACGCACGACGACGCAGCCAGCCAUCAGAGACGGCCACAUCGACAGACGGCGAGUUCCAGCCAGCAUCAUGGAUGCCAGGACAACAAUAACAACAACAUCAAGACA